ACGGGAUCAGUUUACCCGCCGACAAGGAUCCAACCAAAUUCAUGCCGCAUAAAACCGGAAGGGUCAGAUCGAGUUUUCUCUGGAUUACACUUGAGAGUGAUGAUGUUCUCACGCGCAUUUGAAACUUCGGUGCAAUGUGCGCGUAGAUCAGGCCGAGAUUAGAUCAGUUUUGUGCUCACCUUUGCACUUCCUCACAGCUUCUUGUGUACAUCGCUCGCUUCAAUUUACUUAACUGUGAAUUCGUGUGGAGUAGUUGCAGUGGUUGAAACUGGUUUUUCUUUGAAUGUUUCUGCGUGUAAUCUGCUCGAAAGUCUUCUAUUGCUCGUUCUUGGUCUUAAGGUUAGCGUUGGGAAUUGGUUUCCGGUGCGUUAUUAGUAUCAGUGCCGAUUCAUGAUGAGAGGAUUGAGAAGAUGCGUGCGUGUUAUAACUAAUUUCCUUGAUAGUUGUGAUGAUUUUGUAUUGGAAACAGACUUGCAGAUAACAAGAGUGAAGGGUGUGCGAUUCAUUCAUCGCUCUGUUCAUUUUUUGUAUUGGACAUGCAGCUUUCGGAUACAAAAAUGAGGGGUGACAUCCACUGCGUACAGAUAUGAUACAGGAUUAAUACUAAUUAGGUGGUUUAGACGUGCAGGUAGGGACAUGGAGUUGCGGAUCGAGUGCUACAGAUUAGGAGCAAGAGAGAAGGAAGUUUUUUCAGAGAAUUGUUCAAGCUCCAGGAUUGUUCCUUAUUUCAAGUGCGCGGAAUGGGUGCAAAUGGGAGAAGCGAGAAGGUGAUUAUGUGAAUCGGAGAAGUUGAGGAGCUCGGCUUCGCGAUUGUCGGCACCCGAUGGGAUGAGACGUUGAGACGCUAGAAGGAGAGGUAUAACGUCUUAAAGUUUGUGGGCGCCAUGGAUCAAGCAGCGUCGGGUAAGGCCAUGCCUCUCAUUCCUAGUGAGAAGUCCGACCCCAAUUCAGAGGUAGAAUCUGAGUUGUUGCAGGCAUUUUAUGCAAUUCCAAGUUUAGACAAAGCUUGGACGAUUCCGUCCCGUAAAGAAGAAGGGGGUUUUGAUGUGGCGGUGGCAAUGAGCCAGGCCAAUCUUCCCGCAAACGCAAAACGGACGUUUCUGUCUACGGUUUACAUUGCCGAGACUGCAGAUGACACAAUUACAGAUUACCAUUGGGCACCAUUUCCGUUCGAGGUUAGCGGGGCCAGUCUGAUUGUCCCUUCUCCGUCGGGCGCAAAAGUACUGAUAAUUCGUAACCCUAAAGAUGCAACAUCUCCAACGAGACUUCAAAUCUGGGGCCCGGGGCAGCUCCUUCGGGAGAUAUAUGUGUCGUCGUCGGUGCACGGUUCCAUCUACGGAGACGGAUGGUUCGAGGGCGUCUCCUGGAGCCAUCAUGAAGAGUUCAUCUCAUAUGUAGCCGAGGAGCCUGCGAAUUCUCGGCCUGUUUACGGUCCAACCGCAUCAACAUCAGGUACUAACCACACCGGUGCUCCGGAGGCAGGAAAUUGGAAAGGCCAAGGGGACUGGUAUGAAGAUUGGGGCGAGUGUUAUUCCGGAAAGCGGAGGCCCGUGCUGUUCGUAGCAAAUGUCGGUUCUGGGGUCGUGCAGGUUGUCGAAGGCAUUCCAAGGGAUCUCAGCGCCGGCCAAGUGGUUUGGGUUCCUGAAGUGGUAUCAUCUGAUCCAACUUCACCUCUGUCUCUUGUUUUUGUCGGUUGGUCAUCGUUUGCUGAUAAUUUUAGCACCCCACGAAAGCUGGGCAUGAAACACUGCUUCAACAGGCCUUGUCAUCUGUACCACGUCGAAGCUCCAGUUCCUGGCACAGAACCUUCAAACGCAGCUCCUGUGGCUGUCAAGCUGACAGGAACAAUUAGCAGUGCAUUUUCUCCUCGGUUUAGUCCAAAUGGGAAGAUGCUGGUGUUUUUAUCUGCUGAAACAGCCGUCUCCAGUGGAGCCCAUAAUGCCACAAAUUCCCUCCAUUGUAUCAAUUGGCCAGCAGACGGGAUUGUUUGCAAGCAAAAGCAGAUCAAAGACGUAGUCAAAGUGGUGCAACAUGCGGAAGACGGAGCCUUUCCGGGUCUCUAUUGCUCCAGCCUUAUUGUAAACCCUUGGCUGAACGGAAGCUCCACUUUGUUGCUGUCUUCAUCCUGGCGUAGCCAACAGGUCAUCCUUGGCAUAGACAUUGUGAGUGGAGAUGUGAGCACCGUUAGCCCUUCCGAUUCUCUGGCGUCCUGGAACCUCCUCGGAAUGCAUAACAGUUGCGUGGUUGCAGUUGUCAGCUCACCAACCCAACCUCAGAAUUUGAAGCUAGGCCAUAUAGCCUCUCCCGACAGCUUGAUCAGGAGUGGCAAGGAAUGGAACUGGUCAAACAUUAACCUUCCCUCGCUUCAAUUUUCUGCGAAGGUGGAAUCAGCAAUGCGAGCAAUGAAGUACGAAAUACUUCGAGUUCCUGCUCCUAUGACGGAUCCUUUAAAAUCAAUGUCCGAGGGCUCAGGACAAUCCUUCGAGGCUAUCUUUGUCUCCCCAACUGGCUCCAUCAACUCCCCAACAGAGGAGCCAAGGAUAGAGAGCAUCCCUUCCCUAGUGGUUGUGCUGCACGGAGGGCCGCACACCGUAAGCCAGACCAGCUUCUCCAGGAACACAGCCUUUCUCUCAGCCUUGGGAUUCAGCCUCCUCCAUGUGAACUACAGGGGCUCCUUAGGAUUUGGAGAAGAAGCACUGCAGUCUUUACUUGGCAAUAUAGGUCGGCAGGAUGUGAGUGAUGUGCUUGCGGCUCUAGAUCUUGUUAUUAGAAAUGGAAUGGCAGAUCCUGCGAGGGUUGCUGUUCUUGGGGGCUCUCACGGUGGCUUUCUAGCGACUCAUCUUGUUGGCCAAGCACCAGACCGUUUCACCACAGCUAUCACAAGAAACCCUGCGUGCAAUUUGUCUUCCAUGGUGGGCAUUACCGAUAUCCCAGAUUGGUGCUACGUAGAAGCCUUUGGAAAGGACGGAGUUGCCAACUAUACUGAAGCACCCUCUACGAAGGACCUUAGUGUGUUAUACCGGUGUUCCCCCAUCGCUUACCUCUCCAAGGUUAAGGUGCCCAUCUUGUUCCUCCUUGGAGCUCAAGACAGAAGAGUGCCAGUCUCUAAUGGUUUCCAGUAUGUGCAAGCUCUGCGGGCACGAGGACAGGAAGUCAAAGUUAUUCUUUUUCCUGAAGAUGUUCACGCCAUUGACAGACCUCAGUCUGAUUUUGAAAGCUUUUUGAACAUAGGAGUUUGGCUGAAGAGGUUCAUGCACUAGUAGAGCACGGUUGCACGUAUUUGGCACAUCAACUCUUUAUACGAUCUCGGAUCAGGUUAAAACACUUUGGUGAAUUUUAUCGCUAAGAUGCAUCAAUGUCGCUCAUCCUUGAAGCUUUUGGAAUUUCACAUUGUUUGUAACAUGAUUUAGUUAUUGUGCUCUUCGUUUAGAGUGUCUUGAAUCUAAUUCGAAUAUUAGAGGAGUGUGAGAACGGCAAACAUCAGCCCCACCACGUAACUCGGCAUUUUCUUAAAAGUUGUGGAAGGUGUGGAGGCUGCUAUGUAGAAAUUAGCUCUAGUUUUUGUGACCUCAUCAACUGCAUUGCAUCUCCAUCAA